AUGGGUCUGUAUCAGACGUUCCAUGAUCAACCAAAGAUUUUUGGAUUAAGAGGCAGCACUGGUAAAAGAUCAUACGAACUUUUUCAAAUCAAAUUCUGAUGCUUUUCAGUGAUUCUUUUUGCCUGCACUGUACUCUAUGUGCUCUUGACCGUGAUCGUCGUCACUUUCCUCAAUCGUCGGAUCAAAUCGCCGGAGAAGCUGAACAAACCCAAGCAUUUGGAUUUGGAUGCGACCAAGAGCAAGGAUGCGGAUAAGAAGGAUAAAAAGAAGUCAAAGGCCAAGCCCAAGGGCAACUCUAAGGCCGGCAAGUCGAAGAGCAAUAAGAAAAAGAAGAAUAAACCGAGCGACAAGUCCAAGGAGAGCAAAGCCAAGGAGAGCAAAGCCAAGGAGAGCAAAGCCAAGGGGAGCAAAGCAAAGGGUUCAAAGAAGAAGGAGAAGAAACGUCCUCCGGUCAAAUUGUCGGGAAAAGGUACGGGAAAACCCUCAAAGGCCAGCAAAGGAAGCAACAAGAAGUCAACCUCCAAGGACAGUAAGAACAAGAAUAAAAAGGGAAAAGUCAAGAAGCAGUAG